AUGCAGCAACAAAUGGGAAUGACGUUGCUUAAGUUGAAACAAGAUGUUCCCACCCGUUGGAAUUCGACGUACGAAAUGUUUUCAAGGAUAGUGCAUUUGAAGGAUGCAGUGCUAUCCACUCUGGCCAUCUUAGACGCGAGUGUUGAACAGCUGUCUCAAACGGAAUGGACAGUCAUAGAGAAAUCAUGCGACAUCCUGAAGCCAUUCUUGGCGGUGACUACCGAGAUGAGCAGUGAAAAAACUGUGAAGGUGUCAAAAAUAAUACUGCUUGCCCGAGCACUCAUUACCCACGUGGAUAACGCCAAGAAAGACCCCAGCCUGCCGGAAGACUGCAAAAAAAUGGUGAAAGUGCUUUCGGAGCAACUGGCAAAGCGAUUCGGAGAUGUAGAGGUAACAAGGCUUCUAGCAGAAGCAACCGCUAUGGAUCCCCGCUUUAGGAGACACGGAUUCCAGCGAGAGACCGCAUUUGAGAUUGCCUACCGCUCGCUGUCGGCACAGGCAACAGCAGUGGAAGUCCCCCAGGACUACAGCGAUGCACCUGCGGACCAGUCCCGGGCGCAAGAUCCAGAAGAUCCGCUAUGGUACGAAUUCGACACAACCAUGUCACUCGUACUGACCUGCGCGAACCCUACAGCGGCUGGUAUACUCGAGCUCGACAAGUAUCUGCAGGAGCCACCACUUGAGAGGAAACAGAACCCCCUCACUUGGUGGAGGGAAAGACAGCACGUCUACCCACGCCUUUUUAAGAUAAUGAAAAGCAAAUUGUGCGUUGUGGCAACGUCUGUGCCAUGUGAGAGGAUCUUUUCUAAGGCCGGACAAAUUGUUACAGAAAGAAGGAACCGGAUAGCACACAGCAAGGUGUCCAAAGUGCUGUUUCUUAACGCAAACAUGCAGUAG